UUCCGCCUCGGAGUUGAACAUGGGCUGCAAGUUAUGCGAUCCUUGCGGCAGCACAGGCGAGGUGCGUGCGUGCACCUGCACGAGCAGCAGGACCGCGAGUGACCAAAAAGCGAGAGAGUCGUGACCCAUUUGAGAGUGCGGAACAUCUGUAAUUACUCAUUGGCGCUCAAUCGGCUGGCUGGUUGGCUGGCUGCUUGGUAGCCGAUCAAACCAACGGCGGCGACAAUUUAUACACAUUCAUCCUCAGUGUCAAGGUGCAUCCCACCUGCGUAUAUAUAGUCUCUCGGCACCGGUGGUGUACAUCAGUUCCAUUGCAUCUUGCAACUCGCAACAACAGUACGCUCUGAGUGCUCCGAUUCUCUCUCAUCGCUUCCGACUUUUAGUUUUUUCACCCAAAAACCUACGCAACAUGCAGGAUUUUCUCGGCUACUGCAGCUUUUUGCUUCUGCUUUCUCUCACCCUGGUGCAAAGUGCACCUCAACUGAAGCAGGUCGAGGCCUACUACGACGACUAUGAUGCAACCACGUCGGCUCCUGAUUGUGACUGCGUUUGUGGAGUUCCUAACCCGAAAACUCGUGUUGUCGGCGGCAACGUGACAAUGCCGAACGAGUUCCCGUGGGUCGUGGCCCUCGAGAGGAGGAAUAAAUUCUACUGCGGUGCCACCCUGAUCUCGAGCAAACACGUGCUGACAGCCGCUCACUGCAUCGACGGUUUCAACACCCGAGAAAUCAAGGUUUACAUGGGCGUGCACAACAGACUUGCCAUGAACUCGGAGACGACGCUGGUGAGGAAAAUCAAAAAGGCGGUAGUGCACCCCAAGUUCGACAUCUUCUCAUUUGACAAUGACAUUGCCAUGCUGCACCUGAACGAGGAGGUCGAAUUCACUCAGAUUAUCAAGCCCGCAUGUCUGCCUACGCAAGCCCGGUCCGACUACAGCGGUUACAACGGCAUCGUCGCCGGCUGGGGUCGUCUUGGAGAGAAGAAGUCCACUGCCAUCGAGCUGAUGAAGGUUGACGUGCCCAUGAUGACCAUGGAGCAGUGCAGAAAGUCUGGCUACGGCGAGACCCGCAUCACCGACAACAUGAUCUGCGCUGGAUACACCGAGGGCAAGAAGGACGCUUGCCAGGGUGACAGCGGUGGCCCCAUGCACAUUAACAUCGCUGCCGGAGUGACCGAGCUCAUUGGAAUCGUUUCCUGGGGUCGCGGAUGUGCCCGUCCCAACUUCCCUGGUGUGUACACCAACGUUGCCACCUAUUUGGACUGGAUCAACAACCAGAUGACGUCCGACGAGUGCGUCUGCAAACGGCCGUAAAACUGGAGCAAAUCAAAAUAUCAAAUUAUCCUGAGCGAUAAACCAAAGACCUAGCUGUAUCUUAAUUUAUUUCAAGCUAAUUUAUUCACCUUAAAGGUGUUCACGGUGCGAUAAUUUGUACAAUAACUAUAUUUAUGGUUGAAACCGAUUUCUAUAGAAAUAAAAUAUAUUUCAAUUUAA